GUGCAUGAUGGUCGGUAUACUGAUAGUAACUGCUGCUGUGUGUACUGUUGUUUUGCUCCCGGUUCCUCCGGUGGUCCUGUGAUGGUGAAGAAGAGAAACACCGGCUGCUGUGCUUCACACGACAGCUAGCCUCCUGGGAGGCGAGUCCCAAUGCCAUGGCCUCCAGCCACAGCUCCUCCCCAGUGCCUCGUGGAGGCCGAGAUGGGAUCUAUCACAAGGAGCGGGAUCCCACCCCCCCUCGCUGCCGGUCCAUCCGGUCCCUUCCUGAUGUCUGUCCCAAGGAACCCACCGGCGAGGGGCGGGGCCUGUGUGAUGGCCCAUCCGUGGUGGCAGAGCACGACAGGUGGACGGUGUACAGCUCCAAGGUCAACCUCCCCGCCGCGCUGAAUGACCCGCGGCUCGCCAAACGGGAGUCCGACUUUUUCACCAAAACAUGGGGGCUGGACUUCGCAGAGACAGAGGUGAUGCCCUCCUUCUUCCUCCCCAGCAUCACCAGGGAACACUUCGGGCCCUACCUGCAGGAGAUGGCUCAGAGGGAAAGAAUCCACGAACGCUGCAAGACGAUCUGUCCCAACAAAGACGAUGUCGACGCCGUCUCCAGUAUCACCACCAACCACGACAAAUCCAGAGCUGAGCUGGAACAAGUCCCGAAGAUCUUCAUGAAGCCUGACUUUGCUCUGGAGGACCCGGCCACCUUCAACACCGUCCUGCCCUGGUCACACUUCAACAGUGCCGGGGGGAAGAGCAGCAGAGAUGUGGCCUCCUCCAAACUGCUGCAGGAGAAGCUGAGUCACUACCUGGAUGUGGUGGAGGUGAGCAUCGCUCGGCAGAUCUCUCUGCGCUCCGAGGCAUUUUUUCAUGCCAUGUCCUCACAGCACGAGCUGCAGGACCGGCUACAGGAGACGCAGCGGGCCGUGGCCGUCCUGCGGGGCCGGACAGCUGCCAUAGACCGGGUCAUGUGCCAGGGGCCUCUACGGGCCCUCCGUAAUGCCCUGACCCGCAACAACUACGUGAAGCUGCACAACAAGCUGAAGCUGAUGGCGGCAGUGCAUCAGACACAGCCCACCGUACAGCUGCUGCUCUCCACCUCAGAGUUCGUCGGCGCACUGGAGCUCAUCUCCACCACCAAGGAGGUGCUGCAGCAGGAGCUGCAGGGAAUCCAUAGCUUCAGACAUCUGGGUUCCCAACUGUGUGAGCUGGAGAAGCUGAUCGAUAAGAUGAUGGUGGAGGAUUUCAGCAUGUAUGCCCGCAGCGAUCUGAACCGCAGCCUGAAGGACGAGCCGCAGGUCCUGGAGAAGGUCCACAAACCAAACGCUGCCUCACAGAAGGAGCGUCUGGAGUCUCUGGUGUUCGGCCUGCUGCGGCAGAGGAAGCUGGAUUUUCUGGACAUUUACAGCGAUGAGAUGAUUAUGGCUGCUAAAGCCAUCGUCACUCAGUGUGUAGCAGAAAGUGUUUUGCACAUAGAAGAAAUUGACACUGAAGUCGUCACUAAGCUAGCUGACCAGAUGCGUGUGAUGACGUUUCCUCAGUGGUUUGAGCUGCUGAAAAGCGUCUUUGAGAGUUUCCUUCUCUUCCUGCAGAGGAUCAAGGCCACUCUGAGCGUGAUCAAAAAUGUGGUCCUGGAGGUUCAGGCGUCGAACCAGAAGAACCGGCUCCUGGAGACCAGUUCCGAAGCUUCAGGCCAGGAGGCUUCCCACGGUCCAUCACUCCUGCAGGGGGAGGCUGAGCUGGCCUACCUCACCCACGAGGGUCUGUUCAUCAGUGAUGCUCUGAACGAGGCCGAGCAGCAGCGGCAGCAGGCAGUGGUCCAGGAUCAGAGCUCUGUGUCGGGCUCCAGGAUGCAGCAGAGCCGGCCGGAGGCUGCCAGCGGCAACUCUGCCUGUGGGACCACAGAGACCUCCAUCAGCUUCAUGUCCGGUGAGAGCAUGAUGCCCACUGAGCUGGAGCUGAACCGUGUGAUCAACAACGUCCAGGAGCUGCUGUACUCCGCCUCCGACGUCAGCCACGACCGCUGCGUCAAAGUCCUCACAGCCAGAGCGAAGGACGGCUCCCUGGAGCGUCUGAGCUCGGCCGAGUUCGUGUGUCUCUCUCAGGCGGUGGAGGGUUUCGUCAGGGACACCGAGGAGGUGUGCGGCAGGCGAAGCGUCUCGCUGAGGGGGGCGCUGCAGAGCCAGGCCAACCGCUUCGUCCACCGCUUCCACGAAGAACGCAAGACCAAGCUCGGCCUCCUCCUGGAUAAUGAGCGCUGGAAGCAGGCGGAGGUUCCUGCUGAGUUUCAAGAUCUGGUGAACUCCAUUGCUGACGGCAGAAUAACACUACCAGAGCGCAAAAUCCCAGGUGCAGAGGACAGGAAGCCCACUGAGUUUCUGCUCGUCAACGGGCAAAAAUAUGCCGUCGUCGGGACGGUUCUGCUGCUCAUCCGGAUCUUUCUGGAAUACUGUCAGUGUGUCAAUGACAUCCCAUCCAUCGCCACUGACAUGCUGACACGUCUGUCAGACCUCCUCAAGCACUUCAACUCUCGGAGCUGCCAGCUGGUUCUGGGAGCCGGAGCUCUGCAGGUUGUCGGCCUCAAGACCAUCACCACCAAAAACCUCGCUUUGGCAUCCCGCUGCCUGCAGCUGGUGGUUCACUACAUUCCCAUCAUCAGAGCUCAUUUUGAGACCAAACUGCAGCCCAAACAGUUCAGUGUCCUUCGACACUUUGACCACAUCACAAAGGACUACAAUGAUCACAUAGCAGAGAUAUCUGCGAAGCUGGUGGCCAUCAUGGACAGUCUGUUUGAGAAGGUUUUAUCAAAGUAUGAAGUGAAGGCUCCGAUGCCCUCUGCCUGCUUCAGAAACGUCUGUAAGCAGAUGGCAAAGAUGCACGAAGCCAUUUAUGAGCUUUUACCUGAAGAGCAGACACAGAUGUUGUUUCUGAGGAUUAAUGCCAGUUUUAAGAUGCACCUGAAGAGGCAGCUGGCUCGACUGGGGGUCGUUAAUGAUGGAGGACCCCAGCACGGGCUGGUGGUGGUGGACGUUGCUUUCUACACAGAGAACGUUCAGGCGCUGAAGAGCCUCGAGCGGCUCGACCUGAACAUGGCCGAGAUCUGGGAGCAGAAGAGGUGAUGGAGGACGACGACAGGACGUCCUGGACCGACCGACCGCCCCAGCGACGGGGGGCCGACCUCAGGGGCCGACGGCGGCCAGCUGAGGCUGGUGGAGGCCCGGAGGGACCAAAAAUACAAAAACUGAGAGAAGAAGAGCAGCAACACGCUGGAGCUUCCUGAACAGCUCCACCUUAAAAGACUUUAUCAAGUAACACACAGAGCCUCCUGAAAAACUGCUGCCACCUCGUCUCACUGUGUGCAAUUCAACAGAAAUACUCGUAAAUUAUUAGAGACAGUUUUAGUGGGAGCGAAGGGUGUAGAUAAUGAUCAGAAGUGGCGGGUAAUUUAUUUUUCUGUCGUCUUGAAAACAUUCGAUACUGUGGCAGACUUUUUCUCCAGCGGCCGGGAUGUUGGAGCUGAAGGGAUUUUUAUCAUCGAUGCACACUGAAACCAAACUUUUCUGUCGCCGGUUUCACUGAUUUUUGCUAAACUUCACAGCUGAGGAUGAUUCACUCUGGAAAUAAUAUUUGUUUAAUAGAAUCAAAAGGGUUCCUUCACGGUGUUUCCAAACCAGUCCCAAACGUCAUUCAUCAGCUGGUUUUAUUCUCUGUGGUGGCGGCUGGAAAAACAAAAAAAAGAAAAAAGGAUUCAUUCAUACUCAAAACGAUAAUAUUUUCCAGACUCCUUGGAAAUCCAGACUGUUUGAGACCUGGAGGAACCAUCAUGAAGCGAAUGAAAAUCUGUCAUUGAAGAGUUGGUUUCCUGAAAAUGUCAAAUACAACAAAUUCAGACUGUGAAAGCAUCACAUCCUGUCAUCGCCAAAGUGAAACAGUUUCAAAUUUUAGGAAAUAAACUCUUCAAUUGCAUUUUUGUUUUUCCCUCUAAACAAUCCCACCAUGAUUCCGUAUUCUUCAGAUGAGUGACAUUCAGGCCCAGGAGUUUUUUUUACGUGUAGUUAAUUGAUGAGAGUUUGACUGCAGAACAUGAAGCAUGAAAAUCAGCUGUUAACUCAAACUACUGUCGACCUUCUCCUUCCUGCUGUAGUUUUAUUUAAUCUGCAUGAGCUUUUUGUUUCCUCCGAGGCUGAAACGACACAAAUGGAACAGAAAAUCUCAAUUUUUUUUUUUUUUUCCAGUGGGUUAGAUUUUCCUCUUGUUCGUCCCGUCUAUCCAGAAAACAUUCAGACUUCCCCAGUGACUCGAGCAGGAAAACUGCACCUCAGAAACCAAAUGCUCGUGAUGAUCUGACAUAAAAAGUUUACCCUACACUGACCACGCUCUUGUGGUUCUCGCGGUGUUUUGCGGCACUGUGCUGGUCUUGAACACUCCCUCUGAUCAGACCUGUUCUCAGGUAUGAGUGGCUGUGGAUGAACUCCAUCACUCACCUGUUCGAGCUGUAAACGUCCAGCGUAGCUCCCACACCUGUGCAGGUGUUCACAGCAGAUUUUCUGUUCCUGAGUGAAUUUCAGCCGACCAAUGAAACACACACGCCUGUCCCGCUGUCACGUCACCUUCAGCACAGCAGACAUCACCUCAGUCUCUGAAACCUACGUCUACACUACAGGAAGUGUUUAGUUCCCAAAAGAUUAACUGAGAAGAGACACCAGGUCAAACUGCUGCUUCUCUUCUGGUUUCUGCAUUAAUCAGAUGAAGCACCUUUCUACAACCGGGUGAUUCUACAGAAGAUGUUAGUUUGUUUUGGAUAAUGUCCUGUUAUGGGAAGACAUUGAAAUCAUGAUCGUGAGAUAAAUUAACCGAAUCACAGCUGCUCUUGAAACACUGUUCAGGUGAAGGUGAACUGAGGUGAAACGCGAGCGUCUGUUUCCUGUAAGAGACUCAACAAAAAGCAUCAACUAUCAUCACUGUUGCUUCAGAAGUGCCUACUUUUGAUUGACUGUCAGUGACGACACAUCUGAGCUCUCCACUACAGUGUGCCUACCAUACCACUGUGUGUGUGUGUGUGUGUGUUUGAGUGUGUGAGAGAGAGUGUGUGUGGACCCUCUGUUGGGUUCAGAGUCGGGCUGCAUGUCUGAGAAUCCAAAAUGUCUUGAAUCCUUCAAACCUGAUGUGAAUAAAACAGGAUG